AUUUGGUUUGGGGGCGUUACGUGACGCAUACGUAUGCUGAUGUACGUAGCGGACAUUUUGUGUGCUGCUCAUAGAAAGAAGAGCGGAGGAAUCGCCAGUGACCGCCUCUUAAAAUUUAAGUCAAAUCUGUUUGUGUACAGAUAUUUUCGUCUAGAGUUGGUUUUAAUUGCUUGCCGUCAGGAUUGGCUUGGGUACCCUGAGCAACUUAUAACGAAGCACCACUUAUUAUUACAGAUGGCUGCUCAAUGUGUGACCAAAAUCGAGCUCUCCGUCUCUUGCAACAAUCUCAUUGAUAAAGAUGUGGGUUCAAAGUCAGACCCGUUGUGCGUUCUACUCCAAAGCUCCGGAGACGACAAAUGGUCCGAGCUGGGUCGCACUGAGAGAAUCAAUAACUGCCAGGACCCCGAGUUUUCAACAAAGCUGUCUGUGGAUUACUACUUUGAGAAGGUGCAGAAGCUGAAGUUUGGCGUCUAUGAUAUCGACAACAAGUCCGUCGACCUGAGCGAUGACGACUACCUUGGGGGCUUUGAGUGCUCUCUGGGUCAGGUAGUUUCCAGUAAGAAGCUUACCAGGCCACUGGAGCUGAAGAAAGGAAAACCUGCUGGCAAAGGCACAAUCACAAUAGCGGCUGAGGAGAUAAAGGACAACAGAGCCGUAGUGUUGGAGGUUGAAGCGCAAAACCUUGAUAAGAAGGACACCUUUGGGAAAUCGGAUCCAUUCCUGGAGUUUUUUAAGCAAGGGGACGAUGGCAAAUGGCAGCUGGUCCACAGAACUGAAGUAAUUAAAAAUAAUCUAAAUCCUACCUGGAAAAAGUUCACGGUCGCUCUUCAAACGUUUUGCAACAGCGACAUGAGCAAGCCCAUCAAGGUCCAUUGCUCUGACUAUGAUAGCGAUGGUUCUCAUGACCUUAUCGGUAUUUUUGAAACUAACGUGUCUGAGCUGCAGAAAGCCGGCCAAGGCUCGCCGGUGCAAUUUGACUGUAUUCACCCUCAAAAGAAGCAGAAGAAGAAGAGUUACAAAAACUCUGGAGUGGUCAGGAUAAAGUCCUGUAAGAUCGAACAGCAGUUCACCUUCCUGGAUUAUGUGAUGGGCGGCUGCCAGAUCAAUUUCACAGUGGGGAUUGACUUUACGGGCUCCAACGGGGACCCCCGCUCCCCCGAGUCGCUGCACUUCCUGAGUCCGGACGGGCUGAACCAGUACCUGGCCGCCAUCUGGUCCGUGGGCCAGGUGGUGCAGGACUACGACACUGAUAAACUUUUCCCAGCCUUUGGAUUCGGCGCUCAGAUACCUCCGGACUUUAAGGUGUCCCACGAAUUUGCGUUGAACUUCAACCCAAACAGCCCCUACUGCCAAGGGGUGCAGGGGAUUGUGGAAGCCUAUCGCAUGGCCCUGCCCCAGGUCCGGCUGUACGGCCCCACAAACUUCUCCCCCAUCAUAAACCACGUGGCCCGAAUCGCCUCGGGUGGAGCACAGCAGAGCAACGCUUCGCAAUACUUUGUGCUGCUGAUCAUCACCGACGGCGAGAUCACAGACCUGGACCAGACGCGGCAGGCCAUCGUGGAGAGCUCGCGGCUGCCCAUGUCCAUCAUCAUCGUGGGCGUCGGCCAGGCCGACUUCAAGGCCAUGGAGGUCCUGGACGGGGACAACGGCGUGCUCAAGUCCCUGACCGGGGAGCCGGUGGCCCGCGACAUCGUGCAGUUUGUGCCUUUCAGGGACUUCCUCAAGGCUCCCAAAGAGGCUCUUGCUCAGACUGUUCUGGCCGAGGUCCCCAGUCAGCUGGUCUCUUACUUCAAGAUGCGCAAUCUGGGCCCUGUAAACCCGCCAAACCCAGUCUCUCACUGAGGGGCGCCUGUAGGAAGUCCUCCCAGCCACACGGCGGCGCCACCACACAGCGUUCGGGAUGACCAGUAGCAAACCCCAUACCUUCAACUGCUAUGAUUAAGCCCAGCGGUGCCUUUUAAUACCACUCAUGAUAUAAUUAAAUUAGUUUUAUUUUCUACUCACCUUUUCAUUCAGUAUAAUCUUUUCUUGUGUAACUGUGUUUUAGACCAUUAGGAUCUAACACCAGACCGAGAGAAGCCAGGUUCGUGUUCCUGUGGGAAAUGAGAAGGAAUAAGACCCGUUCUCAGCGAUGUGCCACUUAUACUCACAGAUGACUGCAGUACAGGAUAGGUAUCCUCUUUAGUCUUCAUAGUUCUCCUAUCCUGUUUGAGCCUGGUGCGCUACUGAAGUGAGCUGCCUUUUAAUAACAUUAUCAAUGCACGGCCUUUCAUAGUUAUACAAGAUUGUAGACGCAUAUAUACAGUAUAUCUUGGAUACCAUGCCUAUGUUACGAUAUGCCUUGAAGUGUUUAGUCUCCGGCAGUCUGCACUGUUGCAGUGAAACUCGGUGGUCUUUGAAAUGUGGGUUGAAAGAAGGUGAAAUGGCUUUCCUUACAUAGUGAAAUACUGACGUCAUUAUUACCGUAUUGGCCAGCAUAAUUGCCCCAGAAUUUAAGUUGCAAUUUUUCAGUUGAUUCGUUAUUUCUCAAAGAGCUUUUUUAGAAGAUUUUAGGGUCCAAUUUAUUUCUCAAUGCAUUUGCCAGUUGCUGGCAGUAUAAUGGUGGCAGAAGUCACAGAUGGUCAGAGAUAUGCUAAAAAAAAAAAAAAUGUGUGGGCUUUGUCAGGCAAUCAAAAUUAAAAAAAAUAAAAAGUUUUUAGCCAAUCAAAGCUGCUUUAUAGGGGGCUUUAUCCAAUCAAAAUGGCUUUAGAAGGUUUUUUUUCAUGCAAUCAAAGCUGCUUUAAAUGAUUUGUAGUCUAUCAAAAGUGCUUUCAAGGUCUUUGUUUUCCUCUUUUACACAAGUGAUUUCGUGCUGUGCGCAGAUGUACCUCUAAUUAUGGGUAUGAGGGUUCAGGACAUCUAAGCGACACCAGUGGCUUUUAUAUCCUGGAAUUUCAAACCUACUGCGGAAUUAAUGUUCACCUACGUAAAGGUCAGAAUUCGCAGCUAAACCUGUCACUGUGCCAAGUGUGCUUUUUACCUUCAUUUUUCAUAAGUCUCUUUAGGAUUGGGCCCUUGGUAUUGGGAUGAUUUUGGUUUCGACUUUUCCUGUCGUUCUAAGACCAUAUUUCAUUUAAUACUGUGUGCCAUACAGACCCAUCCAAAUGAGUGUUCUCUUCAACUUCACGCCCAGAUUGAAAGCACAGGUGAUGUGUCAUAAAUUUAAAUGGAUGCAAACAGUAUAUAUGUAUUGACUGAGUAGUGGGGACCAUGGAUGAAUGGUGUCCAUGCCAUGUGUUCAAAACUUAAGUUGCCUUUUAAAAUUGGCUCAAAUACUUGAACACUUCUGUGCCUUUUGCAAAUCUAAAUAUGAUGCUGAUAUGAUUUUUUUUUUUUGGGUAUACGUACCUUUCUGCUCUCCGUUAUGUUGCCAUGUUGCCUGGGAAAUGUCCCCCCCUCGUGCAAUUUGAGAACUUUAUAACCAGUACAUUAUAUGCUCGCUAAAAAAAGGUGAGGGUAUUACGAAAUAAAUAGUGAACGCCAAAUCAAAAUGGGCCAGGGGAAGUGGUUUUCUGGAAGUGGUUUGCUGGAAUUUUUGCUGUCAUGACCACAUGUACUAUAAGCACGUAUCAGCUACUUCACCUGGCUACUUAGCACUUUCUCUUCUUGACAUUAGAAAGUAUAGUAUAAAGCUUAUAUUUUAUUAGACAUUUAUGCGCCUAACAGUGUAUGAGGAAUUAGCCAUGUAUCUCUUUUUGAACCUCUGUUUGAUGUUUCCUUUCAUAUGAAUAUCGACUUUUGAGUUGCAUUGUAAUUUUAUUUUUAUAUUGGGACCAGAACUGGGCAGAGUUGUUUUAUACCUGAACUUCUGCAUGUUUAAUCUGCAUUCCACAGUUAAUCACAGUAAUGCUGGAAACGCUGUCUCCUUAUUUUCGUUUCUAUACCCUUCCAAAGCCUUCAUAAAAGGGAGUCAUUUAUGCAUAGUUUCACAAACAUUGUAGCUGCUAUUGCUUAUUUUUUAUAUGCUGAUGGGAAAAUAAAAUUAUUCUGUAACAAGAA